GGAGACUGGAGACCAGGGAGUGACUCUGUCUGGACCCUGAAGACAGCAGCUGUUGUCUGUAGAGAUCUGGACUGUGGCUCUGUUGUUUCUGUAGGACAGAGAGAGGAGUCCUCAGUCAGACCUUUGUGGUGGAUCAGGUCUAACUGUGUUCAGUCUGGAUCUGCUCUGAGGGAGUGUGCAUCAUCAUAUUCCUCUUCCUCCAUCCUGGAUCUCACCUGCUCAGACCUGCUGCUUCAGCCCAACAUCUCUGUGUCCUCCUCCGUGAACGGGGUCUCCGAGGCCCAGCAGCAGGGGUUUCAGGUGUCCAGGGGCUCCACCUUCACCAUCAGCUGCUCCAUCCAGCCACAGUACCCAGGAGGCUCCUUCCAGCUCGCCUUCACCUCCUCCAUCACAUCACACAACUACACCCAGCCAGCUGUUAAUCACUCUGCCCACUUCCUGUUUCCUGCUGCAGAGUCCGCCCACCAAGGAAGCUACAGCUGUGUUUAUCACCUCCAUGUUUCUUCUCAUGACUUCUCCUCUGAGAGCCGUCGGCUGUCUCUCACUGUCUCAGAUCCAACAGGUCUUCUCAUCAAAGUGGUCGUCCUGCUGCUGACUCUGCUGUUGGUGAUCGCUGCCCUUUGUUUCUACUAUAAGGCCAGCAGGGGGCAGAAGCCGGACAGGCAGGAGAACAUUGAGCUGGAUUAUUAUAACGUGGGUGUUUCUGCAGCUGAAGAGGAAGGAGCUCAGGGAGCAGAGUAGAACCUCCAAGAAGCUCAUCUCAGCUGCCUCACAACCCACCAUCAGCUCAGUCAAGGAUUUUACACUUUUAUACUGAUGUUCCCUUUAAAGAUAUUGUGUUGUGAUAAAUCUUACCACCUU